AUGGCGCGCAGCCUGGAAGUCAACUCAAAUUCCCCUCAGCGCCAGUCGCCGGGCUCUCCCUCCGAUAAAGAGAACCUGGGAAACUCUGCCAGCAGCAAACGCAGAAAUCAGUCUCUCGACAUGUCUUCCUCGAGCAGUAACACGAAACGCCAACGGCUACGCGAAAGGGCUUCCAAUGUGGGCAGCCAAUCGCUACCGUCACGAAAAUACAGCAAUCAGUUUUAUGACCCCGAUCAAGAUGAGAAGGAGCGGCGACGUAUACGCAAGGGUCUUCGAGACCUCACUCGAGACCUGAAUGAUUCCAGAAGCGAGUAUAUGCAAGCGGGUAACACCGGAAUCUACGACACCAUCCAGAAGGCGAAUGAAUACUUCCAAGACGUCAAGCAAACCUCCGACGCGACCAUCGAUUCCCGCCUUCUCGUGAACGCUGCGGAUUUAUCCUACAAGAAGACUGCGGCGUUGGUUCUGGGCGACUCCAGCGCGGGCAUCGAUGUCGACGAGUUCGUCUCGAAAUGUAUAUCGUUCAUGCGCGCAGGUCGCGAAGACCCGGAUGCUGUCAUGACUAGCACGCAGCGUCGCCGUGCUCCUCGAAGAACCCAGACCCAGGCGGACCCCGAUGAUAGCGAUGAGGAGGAUCAAGGGGAUGGACUGAACUGGGACUGGCUCGGGCGAGCUGCCUGCUUCCGCCACAACUCGCGACCGGCUCUUUCUGGGUUUCUUUUGGGCCCGCUGUCAGUGCAGAAGCGUACACGGCAAAUCGCUCAGCGAAGAGCAAGAGAACGCAUCGACCCGUCCCAGGCUGUUCGCCCACAAGAGCUCCGUGAGGAGGAUCUGGACAAACAAGAAACGUCCAACCUUACAGCCAUGUGCACCAGCAUUAACAAGCUGUUAGCCCAGACGGCGGCUCAUGCUGAAGCCACUGUUACCAAGAUAUUGGAAGAGUUGCAAGAUCCGCCAGAAGAUGUAGUGCAUGAAAUCAUGGCCAAGCAUCAUAUUGCCGACGAUGGCGGCGUUCCAUUGUUUGACUUUUGCAUCAAUCCCAAAUCAUUUGGCCAGUCCGUCGAGAAUCUAUUCUACCUAAGCUUCCUGGUCAGAGAUGGGACAGUUGGUAUUUCCACGGACAGCAGAGGCUUGCCAACGUUGCAUCCCUCCAAACCUGUGGCGCCCAGCGAAGCCCAGCGACAGGGCAUUGUGAAGCGCCAAUCUGUUUUUAGCCUCGACUUUGAUACUUGGCAUGACCUGAUUGAGGCGUAUGACAUUCAAAAAUGCAUUAUUCCUGAGCGGCAGGAGGAACAACACGAUACAGGGCGAGGAUGGUAUAGCUAG